AUGAAAAAAAGAACGUCAUACUAUGCCUACACUGUAAAAAAAAAAGUUGUGAACGUAGUGAAGUGCAAAAAGUGUAAUAACUCGUUUCAUCCUGCUUGUCUGGAGCAGGCAGGCGAGUUGAAAAAUACCAAUUGUAUGCACGAAUCAAGCAAGGUUAGAAGAGAGAGUGUAAACAUGCUGCUCUGUGAAGAUUCAACGGAGUUGGAUCUUCUAAGAACGCUGGUGAAAGAACUGCAAAGCAAAAUCGAAUCGCGGAAGAAAACAGUCAACUUUUGA